AAAUCUUUGGUCUCUGAUGAUGAACUCAAACGCCAGAAGAGAAUCAAGUUGUUUACCUAUAUUGGUAUCUUCAUUGUUUUCCAAAUCAUAGUGAUGACUGUGUUUGGUCUCACUGUGAUGAAAGUCAAGACACCGAAGGUGAGAUUGGGCGAUAUCAGCAUCACAAACUUUUAUUCAGUAGCUGCAACUCCUUCAUUUGACACAGCCUUCAACACCCAAAUUAGGGUCAAGAACACCAACUGGGGUCCUUACAAAUUCGAUGCAGGCAUGGUGACAUUCAUGUACCAAGGCGCAGCUGUGGGGACCGUAGCAGUACCUAAGAGCAAAGCUGGAAUGCGUUCCACCAAGAAGAUCAAUGUUGUGGUGAGUUUGAACAGCAAUGCGUUACCAAGCAGUUCAACUCUUAGCAGUGAAUUGAACAGUGGGGUAUUGACGCUGACUAGCCAAGCCAAAUUGACCGGAAAGCUGGAGUUGAUGCUCAUAAUGAAAAAGAAGAAGUCUGCCGAUAUGGAUUGCACCAUAACUAUUGAUCUGUCCACAAAGACUGUCAAAAGUUUACGGUGCAAGUGACCGGACUUGUUCUUGACACUGUAAAUUACUAAAUUCUCAUUCUUUAUACUUUCUUUCCCUCUCUUGGAUUUGUUGUACAAAUAUGAAUUGAUCCUUUUUAUAUAUAUAAUAUACGCACAUUUGAUUAUAGAAACAAAA